GCUGGUAUUGAUGCUUGCUUUCCGUCCCUUUCACCUUUGGAUGCGAUCUCAACCCCUGGAUGUUAUCGUAAAGCUAAUAAUACAGAAAGAGUACAAGAGCGGAUGCGAGAUGCGUCCAUGAGCAAGUUUCCAUAGGUUCACAGUCCAGGUUUCCGGCGUUACCAGCUUUGGAUCCGUCAGAGUCCGAACGCACCUCCAGGCCCAGUUUUGUCAGCUACACUAAAUGUCGACAAGUUCCCCACCGGUCUGACAACAUUAACAUCUCUAUUCGUCGGUGCCUGAAGCGGCGCCUUCCGAGGCCUACCUUCCGAGCUUCCACCAAGACCCGAUCCUCCUCUAAGCAGCAUUCUUCCGAAGUCUGAGUAUCGAGAAUCUCAUCUGUCGGACUUCGACAUGGACUUCUUGCGGCGCCACGAAGGCCACAACGAAGUGAAAACCGACCGAUACUGGGCUUUUGGAUACUACUUCGAAACUCUGGACAAGAAGCAAAAACACCAAAGACGAGAAUAUCUGGAGUGGUAUGGCUUUGUUGCACAGUGGUCUGUACUGGCCAUCUUCGCAGCCUUCCAAAUCAGCUUCUUCUUGGCUUGGCUGGUAAAAAGCGGGUUGAAAUAUGAUCCACCGAAAUCUCCAUCCUUCAAUAAACGCUCAGAUGGGAGGCUAGGGUGGCUGAGAAGCCUGCGAAAUACUGGCAACAGACUGCUGUGGUGGAUGCGAAAGGACAUGAUCCCAGGUUGGAAUUGGGGCACGAGGAGUGAAUGGAUAGGCGCGAGUGCUUGGACCGUAUGGUUGCUGUACCUUUGCGUCGCACAUACAGGAAAGGACUAUCUACACCUCACUAAGCGAAUUGGACAAGUUGGCGCAUCGCAAAUACCAGUGCAUUACCUUCUAGCGAUGAGAGCACCCUACUCUCCGGUUCAGUGGCUCACACGACUAUCUCACGAGCAGCUGAAGGCUUCGCAUGAGAUUUUAGGCCGGAUUACAUACUUCCUCUUCGUCCUACAUGGUAUCUUCUAUUUCAACUUCUUCAUCUUGUCCGGUCUCCUCGCAAAGCGCAUCAAAUCCUGGGAUGUUAUUUGGGGCAUUAUUAGCAUCGUUCUGUUUUCCGCUAUUGGCACGACAGCCCUAGGCUUCAUCCGCAGAAGGAACUACCGGAUCUUUUACAUCUCUCACAUUGCUGUUGCAAACUUGAUCAUCCCAGCGUUGUAUCUACACGUCUCGCACAUCCGCAUCUACGUGUACGAGAUCGUCCUAGUGGAAGCUUUGCAUAUCAUCUUCCGCACGCUACGGUUCAAGAGGUACCAAGGAACCAUCAAAGUACUCCCUGGCACAAAUCUGGUUCAGAUUCGCAUACCAUUACCAUCGAUGAGCUCGGCACUGAAAUGGAAACCCGGUCAGCACGUCUAUCUUAGCAGACCGUGGGGCAAAGCCAAGGCUCCGACCUUCUACGACCAAUGGCUAAUGAUCAACAAGACGAACCCCUUUACUGUGGCGUCAAUACCGGUCAAGGAUAAGGAGCUGUUACUCGUCGCAAGAACACUAAACGGCAACACAAAGUACCUCGCCGACCUAGCGCGUACACUCGCUCAAGGUGGUAGCGGUAUCCAAAUGCUUCCCACGGCUGGCGGCGACAUUCCGAUUUUACCCAUUGUUCUCGAAGGACCGUAUGGCGCAUCGGCACACCUCCCAGACUUCUCCGACUACGACAAUGUACUUUUGGUGGCGGGCGGAGUCGGUGCAACAUUUAUCAUUCCGAUAUAUCGAAGCAUCCUAGAAACGCACGACCCAACGUCUGCAGGUACGCAUAUUCGGUGCAUAUGGGCGGUCCAGAAACUUGCCGACACGCAGUGGGCGUUUCCUGCAUCCUCUUCUCGUGACGACGAGCAUGAGGAAGACGCAGGUGCCGAAGCGAAUGGUCACGGCUUGUUGCAGGGCCCAAGAAAUGUCGAAGUUUAUGUUACACGGCCAUCGGGUCCGAGUCUGCAUGCUGACGCAUCUGCAUCCGGCGUUUUUGCUAUUGAUCCCGAGGACGAAGGGGGAGAUGCGAUUGAGAUGCAAGAGAAUGAGCAGUUACUGGGCACGGAGGAGCAAAUGGAGAAGCCAAGGAAGGGGGUAGUAGUGAAGUAUGGCAGACCGAAGAUGAGUGACGUCGUGGAUGAGGUCUUUGGCAAGGGUACGAGAACGGCAGUCAUCUGCUGUGGGCCGAAGAGGCUGACUGAGGAUCUCAAACGGAAUGUGGAAGUGUGGGUGAAGAAAGGCAAUGAUGUCUUUUGGUUCGAUGAGACGUUUGGAUGGUAACUUCUGUCGCAA